UUUAAUAACGUAAUAAUUUGUCUUUUUAUCGGUGAGAAAACUUUGCUGUUUUGACAAAGAUGCCGAAGAAGUCAGUAAGAAACGCGUUUUACUUCUUUAUGAAGGAACUUGAGCCAAAACUGCGGAAGGAAGGUCGGGUGUUUCCAAACGGAAUGGCAGAUAUUGUGCCACUGGCUCAUCCGCAAUGGAAAGCUCUUUCCGACAAUGAGAAGGCAAGGUUUGAGAGAAUGGCCAAGGAGUAUAAAGCCAGCAUGCGUGGCGUGGAUGGCGACAAAUACAGAUUAGACAAUGUCGGCAACAUCAUCGCUGACAGGAAGGAUCCCAUGAAGGAGAUGGAGAAGAGACACAAGAGAGAGAGACAGGCAGUUGUUGCACCAUGGGUGGGAAAAGACAUCAUGGAUGAGGUGUUCUACUUCAUUAAUUUUCAAAUUCUCUGCUGCACUGAAGACGGGCAUUACCUGCCUUGCGAGAUGGCCAUCUUGGAGUAUAGUCUGAGAAAAGGGAUCAUACGCCACUACCACAAGUUUGUUUGUCCAGGUGCCAUCCCAACUGGCUACAGAUUUGACUGUAUGAAUCACAGUGAGAGAACUCAUCAAAUACCUGUGGAGAAUUUUGAGCUGGCCGAUGCUAAUUACAUAGGUCUGUGGACACAGAUUGAAAACUUCAUUAACUAUAGGGGGGAGAAACCUGAAGAUCCACCCUUGUACUGUUUGAAUGAAGACAUUGAUAAGACGGAGUACUGCCUGGCGUGGAUUGCCCAACAGUCGUGUCUAGGGAGACCGCAGCGACUCAAGAAAGUCUACGAGCUCGUCGGUUUGGUCGUCGACCUGUAUGCCAAUGCGGGUCACCCGAACAUGAGUCCAUCUCGCGUCCAAGACCAUCUCAGUGUUAACACGUGGGACUUCACUCGAAACACCAGAUGUGAUUGGCAUGAGGAACAUGACUGCAAAUUCUGUUCGCUGGGUAUCGUGCGAAGAUAUGCUUUUGCUAUCUCCGACUCGCUGUCUGCCCUGCUUGAGUUCCCGCUGACUGACAAACACAUUCCGAGUACGAAGGACGACGGGCCGGCCUGUAUCACGCUGCCACCAACGUCCUACUCCGUGAAGCCGAAUCCUGCACAAAUGAGGUCAUCAAGGGGCAGAGGUCGAGGGUCAAACUGGGUGCCUGGUAGAAGCUCUGCGCUGAACAGACCACAGCAGACAUUCCAAUCAAGACGGAAUGAUUUUGGUGAUGAUGAUGAUGAUGAUGAUGAUGUAGAAACAGAACCUGAAGGAUAUAAAACAUCGGUGAGACGGCCCAACAUGCCAGUGAUGUGGACUCCAGUUCCUAAGGUACAGGAGUCGGUACAGGAGUCGAACCUGGAUACUGGUGACACUAAUGAGUGGCCUAGUUUAGGAGGGCCUGCUCCUGUGAAGUUCGCUGGUCGUGCCUCUGCUCCAGAUCCAAGACAAGCUCCCUUCCCGCCUAAUAUGUGGCAGUCCGGGGGUGACCUGGGGCAGUACCGCGACCCCGAGGAGGAGGCAAUGUCUGUCAAGUCUGUUAUGCAGGGACAAACCAUUCCACUGCAAGAGACUUCGCCAGCACCGCCAAGUUUUCCGCAGAUGAGGAUACCGUCCAUUGGUGAACCAGCACCUAGUCCAGCCACACCGGCCAUGGGGCCAUUGAUGGGUCAAGGUCGGGGUCGCGGAGUUCUAGGUCAGUCUGGACAGAAUCGCCCGCCUGUGGGUCGCGGAUAUGCCCCGCCCAUUGCCGGGCGGGGUAUUGGUCGAGGGACAGGUGCAAUGGGCCGAGGAUACAUUCAGCCAGGAAUGGUUAUUGCCCAACAAGGUUUACAGAAUAUGUCGUUCUGUAAUGGUGAGCGGUGAAAAUUGGCUGCGCACUUGAACAUUACUGACGUGCAGUUUGUCCAGAUAAAAGACAAAAUAUCACCAAGCAGUCGUUGUCAGUGUUCUUCACUUUCUAUCAUAAAAACAGAGAACUUUAUCAAAUACUGACUUAAUUAUAUUACCUGUGGAAAAAUUUCUUGUAAAUUCAUGUAGAUUUAAUUCAUUUUCAUUUUGUUUUUCAUUGGAGAUUGUAUAGCAGACAAGUGCCUUAGUCUUUGUAUGCAUUUUGUUCUUUUAAAAAAACAACAACAAAAAAACAACAACACAAAACAACAACAAAAGUUUAGCUAAUGUUAAAAAAAUGGCAUAACAUUUAUAAAUUAACCUAUUUUUAUUAAUUAGUAUUCACAUCUGAAAUGUUUACCAUUUACAAACAACAAAAACUCAUCAACCUUUGCCUUAACACAACAGGAGUACCUGGUUUGGUUUUAAGUUUAUUCAACCAUGUUUGUUUGGUUAUUUUUCUCAGGGAAUGAUAAGAGUUGUGUUUAUGUGAUUUCAUUUUUAUUAUUUAUUUAUUUUUAUUUUUUUCAUAAAUUUUGAAAGUUCUUA